UCAAUAUUCAUGAAUAUUCAAACGCGAACCGACGCUACCCGCUACGCUUCCGUCUCGUCGCAUUUUAACGUAUUUUACGAAGAGAAUAUAAAUAAAAUAAUCAUCACUAAUUUUAGAAUUACAUAUAUGCGUGUUUCAUGUGGAUUCCAAGGAGCCUGUAUUAUUAAAAAAAGUUAGAUUUGAUUCGCAAAAAUGUCUAACGAGAGCAACGCACAGACGUGUGAACUACUAGGCAAUGAAAUAAAAGCGUUACAAUCAAAGUGCAAGGAGUUAUGUUACAUUAUCGACAACAACGAACCAAUGGACAUAAGGACCAUUAAUUCCCAUAAUGUCUACGAAAAGAAGUUAUGUAGCAUAGACAGUCUGGCUAAGCACAUCCAAAACGAAGAAACACCAAUUAUGAGUGAUAGUAAUGUGACCACCAGUACAUUUUUGAGUGAAAUUAAAGAGAAAAUUGUCCAAGUAGAAGAGCUUACAGCAUUUACAGCGGGUGUAGUACAAGAUGUGCGCAAAGAAAAUAACAGAUUAAAAGAAUGCAUCAAGUUAGUCCAGGAGGCCAAGUCUCGGCCAUGGGCAGGCCGGCGCCAAGUACAGCCAGAGCAUCUGCAGCAAGCCAAGCAACGCUUUCGUACCAUGAAGACGGAGCUGCAUGGUCUCAUACAUUCACUUUUCCCUGGGGCUUCUGAUGCCAUUACUGGAGUUUUAGCGGAACUGAUGAAAGUAAGAGCGGAUGAGACUUCCAAUGGCUAUAUCCAAGUGACUCCAGAGAACUUCCACCUGAUCGAACUGCUUAAAGACAAGAACGUAAUUUCUGCCAACCCUUACAACAAGAUGGAAGUCAAAUUAGCUUUUUAGACUUAGAAGUUCGAGUAUAGAUUAUUGUACUUCAUUUACUACUUGUUGCAUUUUUAGAAUAGCAUUUUAGAGACAUAUAUGAUUGCAAAAAGCUAUAUAGCUAUCUAGCCUAUGCAUUGAAAGCUAGUGAUUUAAGUUCUAUACCAUGAGAGUGCUUGUGUAGGAACAGGAACUUUCAAAAAUGACUUGAACUUUAAUUUAAAUUAAUUGUGUUACAUACGUACGUAUACCGAAAGGUAUUAAAUAAACUACAAGCAUGUCAAUAUAGUUACUGUGUACUUUAAUGAAUAAUGUUUUAUUAUAACAGUAAUAAACUUUUUAAGAAGCA